AUGUUUCUCGUGCAGUACGCAGGCUUAAGCCAUCUCUCCUUUGAUCCUGGCAGCAACAGCAAACCUCUGCAGUUCGGCAGCGCUGCUGGCCUGCGGGCAUCGGAAAGCCCAGCUGAGGAUGGAAGUGAUCCAGGCAAUAAGAGGAAGAGAGCAAACCUUCCUCCAGGAGAUGGUGGCAGAAAUCUAAGCCUCGACUCCAUUCCGAUGGGCUUGCCAAUGUCAGACCCAACUGCCUGGGCCACUGCAAUGAACAACCUAGGGAUGGCUCCCAUGGGGAUGACAGGACAGCCCCUUCUGCCUGAUUUUGAUCCUGCUCUUGGGAUGAUGACUGGAAUCCCCCCAAUCAACCCCAUGAUGCCAGGCUUGGGGAUAGUCCCACCUCCCAUCCCUCCGGACAUGCCUGCUGUGAAGGAGAUCAUUCACUGCAAAAGCUGCACUCUCUUCCCACCUAACCCACAUCUUCCCCCUCCAGCAACAAGAGAGAGGCCCCCAGGGUGUAAGACGGUGUUUGUUGGAGGACUGCCGGAAAACGGAACUGAGCAGAUCAUUAUGGAAGUGUUUGAACAGUGUGGGGAAGUCAUAGCUAUUCGAAAGAGUAAGAAGAAUUUCUGUCAUAUCCGCUUUGCUGAGGAGUUCAUGGUGGACAAGGCACUUUAUCUUUCUGGCUAUCGCAUCAGGCUGGGCUCCAGCACUGACAAGAAGGAUACUGGGCGCUUGCACGUGGAUUUUGCUCAGGCUCGGGAUGAUCUGUACGAGUGGGAGUGUAAGCAGCGGAUGCUGGCGAGGGAGGAACGCCAUCGCAGGAGGCUGGAAGAGGAGCGCUUCCGCCCACCCUCCCCACCUCCCAUCGUCCAUUACUCCGACCAUGAGUGUAGCGUGGUCGCUGAGAAACUGAAAGAUGACACAAAGUUCUUAGAAGCCAUCCAGACCUUGCUGACCUGGAUAGAGCGUGGAGAAGUGAACAGGAGGACUGCCAACAACUUCUACUCCAUGAUCCAGUCGGCCAACAGCCACAUUCGCAGACUAGUGAACGAAAAAGCAGCUCACGAGAAAGAGAUGGAAGAAGCUAAAGAGAAAUUCAAACUUGCUCUCUCAGGGAUUCUGGUUCAGUUCGAGCAGAUAGUGGCCGUGUACCAUUCUGCCUCCAAACAAAAGGCUUGGGACCAUUUCACGAAAGCUCAGCGUAAGAACAUCAGCGUGUGGUGCAAACAAGCAGAGGAAAUUCGUAACAUUCAUAAUGAUGAACUAAUGGGUAUUCGAAGAGAGGAGGAAAUGGAAAUGUCUGACGAAGAAAUAGAAGAUCCAUCAGAGAUGAAAGAAACAGAAGAAUCUG